GUAGGUCUGAAAGGCAAAACGAGUGCCAUAACCCACAUUUCAAAGGUCACUGCUACUGCUGCAGGCUUCUGAAAACACAGUCUGAGCAAGCGUCACAGCAUCAUGGCUGGUCUGAAGAGCUGGUCUGUUUUGAUGAUUAUACUGUACCAUUUCUGUCCAAAAUGUAUUCCAAGUGGAAUUUCAACGCAUGUUGAAAUAGCACAUAGAGCUCUGGAAUUUUUCACCAAACGUGAAGGGAAUGUUGAUUAUAGACAGUUGUUGCUAAACCACCAAGAUGCAUUUCAGGCUGGGAGCGUUUAUCCUGAUGCCUUUUAUCCUCCAAUCUGCAAACGUGGGAUAUACCAUGAUGUGUCUGAAGAUACUCACUGGUCACCAUUUCUUAAUGCAAGUAUUCACUACAUCAGAAGAAAUUAUCCUCAGCCUUGGGAAGAGGCUACGGAGAAGCUGGUGGCUUUCCUGUUUGGAAUUGCCUCGCAUAUGGUGGCAGAUGUUAGCUGGCACAGCCUGGGCAUUGACCAAGGAUUUUUAAAAGCCAUGGGAGAAGUUGAUUUUCAUGGUUCGUAUUCAGAAGCUCACAGUGUUGGAGAUUUUGGAGGAGAUGUACUAAGUCAGUUUGAGCUGGACUUCAGUUAUCUGACACCAAAUUGGUAUGUACCUGUCAAAGACCUAGCCUCUAUCUAUAAGGAAUUUUAUGGAAGAGAGAUCAUAACUGAAGACACAAUUACCGACUGUACUUACCUGCUGUUUCUUGAACUACAUGGAGAAAGGCUGGCUGUUGCCAAGCUUUUUCCAACAUAUGCUAGUAAAUCUCCAUUUCUGGUGGAAAAGUUCCAUGAGUAUUUCCUUGGAGGAGUAGAUGACAUGGCAUUCUGGACAAACAAUAUAUUUGAGCAGAUGAGCCAAAUGCUAGAGAAUGGAGUCAGUGGCUGCACCCUGCCUGAGAGCCCUCUGUUUAUUAACUGUACAAAGAACCACAAGGAUAACUACAUAAGCAAACACACAGAAAAUGAACAUCAAAAGAAUGUUACUUCUUUACUUCCAAAAACAUUUGAAAAGAAUAUAACAUAUACAGAGAGAGGAGUUCACUUCAACAUACAGUCUUGGGCAACAAAUUCCCUCCGAUUCAUAAACCGUGCUGUCGCAAAAAGUAUCUGGAGAGUGAUAGCAACACAUCAAAAAUCCUCUAAGUACAUCUCCAAGCCAGGAUCUUCAUAUUUUCUUGCUUCACCGUAUGCUAGACUUGGAUGGGCAAUGAUCUCAGCUGACCUAAACCAGGAUGGAUAUGAAGAUCUGGUAGCUGGAGCACCAGGGUACAGCACACUGGGCCACAUUCAGAUAGGAAGGGUAUAUAUAGUCUACGGCAAUCGUUCAGGUUUGCCACAAGAAGACAUGGAUCUAGAUGGAAAAGCAGACCAAGUACUAGAGGGUCAUCAGCCUUCAGGCAGAUUUGGUUCUGCAUUGGCAGUCCUGGACUUCAAUGAGGAUGGAGUGCCAGAUCUGGCAAUUGGAGCACCUUCUGUGGGAUCUCACUCUCUCACUUACAAAGGUGCUGUGUAUGUCUAUUUUGGAACUAAGGGAAGAGGCUUGGCAUCUCAACCAAAUAUGACCAUAACUUGUCAGUAUUCCUACUGUAAUCUUGGUUGGUCCCUCCUGGCAGCUGAUAUUGAUGGAGAUAAAAAUGCUGAUCUGGUUGUUGGCUCUCCAUACGCACCUGGUAAAGGGCAGCAGAGAGGAUUUGUGGCAGCAUUUUACUCUUAUUUCAACAGAAGUAACCAAGGACUUCUGUCUGUAGAGGAUGCCAACUGGAUGGUAAAUGGGGAAGAAAACUACGCUUGGUUUGGAUUUUCACUUCAUAGCUGCCAACUGGAGAAUGCAACGUUACUGCUGAUUGGUAGCCCUACAUGGAAGAAUUGUGUUGAGUGCAGUCCCUUCUCAUCAGAUGUCAGACAGAGUGUCGGGAAAGUGUAUGGAUAUAACCCACCAAGCACGAAGCACUUGUUUACAAUAGCUGGAAAGAAGGCAAUGGGCAGAAUGGGUUUGUCCCUGGCCAGUGGCGUGAUGGCUGUGGCUGGGAUCACCAGGACAGUUUUGGUGGUGGGUGCACCUACUACAGACAGCCUAUCUAGGAUUUCAUUUUUGUCCACGGUGUUGCACCAAGCUGGACUAACUCUGGUAUAUGAUCUGAAAGAUGGCACCAAGCCUUCCUUGCUCAGUACUUUCAGUGGGGACAGAAGGUUUUCUCGCUUUGGAGGAGAUAUAUACUUAAGUGACCUGGAUAAUGAUGGUCUAGAUGAAAUGAUUGUAACAUCCCCCCUGCGAACUAAGGAUAUCACCACAGUACUGUUGGGUGGGGCAGCUGGCCGUGUUUACAUUUAUAAUGGAAAUCAAACAUCUUCAGGGAAUGUGACAGACCACUGCAAAUCAUGGAUAUCUCCCUGUCCUGAGGACUGGGCACAGUAUGUCCUCAUUUCUCCUGAGGAACAAUCAAGAUUUGGAAGUUCUGUUGUCACUGUGAAAUCUGAAAAAAAGAAAGAAGUUGUAGUGGCAGCAGAGAGAAGUUCAGCGAAAGCUCGACUUGGUGGAAGGCUUUUUGUCUACUCACUCUGAAUAGUCACAGUAGUCUUUAAGACUAGGGCAAAACUGGUCUUUUAAGGAAAAAACUGCACUAUCUAUCUGUGAUACUUUCCUUAGCCUCUAACAAGCCAACAAAAAAAAAAACCAAGACAGCAAACUUCAGUAGGUGUGUAUUACAGACAGCUAGGUAGCACCUCACAUAGUAUCCAGGGAGUGAGGGAUGCUCACUGGUCUUAAAUGCUGGCAAAUUUUCACAAGUGAAUUACCAAAACAACUUUUUGUUGUGAGGUUAACCAAAAGAAUUUAUUAAUCUGUGUUUAGCAGCAAACACCCUACUGCUUACUACAGAGCUAACAAUUAAGCAAGCUUGAAAUACAUCAAAAUCAUGUUCCUUCCCCAAAAUUACUGCUAGUUGAUGCCUUAUGUAAGGGAAACUGUUGAUCACAGCCUGAACCUCUGAUUAACCAUCUGAGGCAAGUGAUGAGUCAGCUGCAGGAGCACAGGUGAAGGUAAUUCAGCUGUGCUUCCGGAAGGGGUGGAGCUCGACUCCACCUCUCCUAGAUCCCAUUUAAGGGCUGACCACCACUAAGGUAGCAUCUCUUUCUGGAGAUCACUCCUUUGUGGAGAGCUGCAACAUUGGUGAGCAUCCAUCUUGACUGAAAGCCUCAGAACUGGUGAGUCUUUUCUUAGAUACCCUCUGGCUAUCCAUUUACUCUGUAAUUACAACUAUACAUUUGUAUUAUUCCAACUAUACAUCUUGAUAUCUUUUUCUCCCCUGUAGCUCAGACAGAGAACUGUCUUUCUGACAGUGCUUUGAUUAUGCUGUAAGUAGUUACGCACAGGAAAAGGAGUCAACGUAUUACUCAAUAGACUCUCUCUGCACAGAGGACAUAGCAUAGAAAGUUUUCACUUAAACUUACAACCAGCCACACAAAUGCAUUUCAGUUCUGGUUUAAUACAACUUAUUACUCUGUCAGAACUGUCUGCAUCCAUAUCCCAUUGCCUGCUGCACUUUCUCAGCAUUUAUCGGUGACGGUAUCAGAGCCACUGUUUUUUCUGCUAGAAAAAAAUAAAACAACUAGAUUUCUACUAAAAUAAAAUAAACUAA